GCGUGUUUGAGUGUGUGUCCUCCCCGGCCGCAUGAGAUGAGCAGCCUGCAGUCCUCUCAGCCACUGUUUCCUCCUCCUCCUCUCUGCGCCUCUGUGUGUGUGUCCACUCCGGGAUUGUUGAUCACCGUGGGCUGAUCCUCCUCCGCCGCCGAGUUCACUCCACUCUGCCCCGCUGCGUGUCCCUGAGCCCGAGCGAGCACCGGCCCGCCUGCCUCAGCGUGAUCGGGCCGUGAGGUUCUUCUCUUGUGUCGACCUCCUGCUGAAACUGAUCCAACUGGGCAAAUUGUGAGAAAGAGCAGAGAAACACAAAACAUGGCAGUGGCCGGAUGUCCGGAUUAUUUCCUGCAUCAUCCAAAUUAUCAGCAGGACAAUAUAGACCGGUCCUCCAAUCACAGACAAGCUGACCUCAUUGGUCCGAGCUUCCAGCAAACAGUCAAUCGGAGCUCUCCUAACCACCAAGAAGACGAUGUUGACCUUGAGGCCCUGGUCAAUGAUAUGAACUCUUCGCUGGAGAGCAUCUACUCCACCUGCAGUGGUCAGCAGACAGAGUCCACUCCACUACUGCACAACGGACAGGCCACUUCCUCGCAACAACAUCACCACCAUAAUCAGCAUCACACACAAGCUAUCCACCCACGGCAGGGUCAGCACUCAAACGCACUAAGCCACGUCUCGCAGGACCCGCCCUCCUCGUCCUUGUCCGCAGACUCGCCCCAGUCCAGCCUCCGGCGGUCCCAGCCUAUGCACAUCCUCGCUGUCAGGAGGUUGCAGGAGGAGGAGCUGAGGACAUCGUCUCUCCCGGCCAUCCCCAACCCCUUCCCCGAGCUCUGCAGUCCAGCCAGCUCACCUGUCCUCAGUCCAGGGUCUCUACCUCCCGACGAACCCACCACUGGCAUUUAUAUUGUGAAGAUCUUCAGUGAAGACGGGAUGUGUAAAGUGGUGGAGAUCCCGGCCGACAUGACAGCCAGGGACCUGUGCCAGCUCCUGGUUUAUAAAAGCCAUUGUUUGGAUGACAACAGUUGGGCACUUGUUGAACACCACCCGCUGCUAGGACUAGAGCGCUGUCUAGAAGACCAUGAGCUGGUGGUUCAGGUCCAGGCCUCCAUGAGCAGCGACAGUAGGUUCCUCUUCAGGAAGAACUAUGCCAAAUAUGAAUUCUUCAGAAACCCCUUGACGUUUUUCCCGGAGCACAUGGUCGCGUGGUGCCAGGAAAGCAAUCGAACGAUUCCACCAUCCCAGCUCCUUCAGAACUUCCUCACGACCAGUAGCUGUCCAGAGAUACAGGGGUAUCUGUAUGUGAAGGAGGUGGGGAGGAAGUCGUGGAAGAAAGUUUACAUGUUCCUGCGGCGCUCGGGACUCUACUGCUCGACAAAAGGAGCCUCAAAGGAGCCCAGACAUCUACAGUUACUCGCAGACUUAGAAGAAAGCAACAUCUUCACUGUCAUCACAGGCAAAAAGUAUCACGGUGCGCCCACAGACUACGGCUUCUGUAUCAAGCCCAACAAAGCUCGAGGGGAGUUGAAAGACUUGAGGAUGCUGUGUGCCGAGGACGAGCAGGCAAGGACCUGUUGGAUGACCGCCUUCCGACUCUUUAAGUAUGGAAUUGGAUUGUAUCAGAAUUACAAGAUUCCUCAACAAAGAAAAACCUUAAUUUCACACUUCUCGGCUCCUGUGCGGAGUGUGUCGGAGAACUCCCUCGUGGCCAUGGAUUUCUCAGGGAGGAUAGGCAGGGUGAUCGACAACCCUGUGGAGGCCCAGAGUGCUGCCAUGGAGGAGGGACACGCGUGGAGGAAGAGGAGUCAACGAAUGAACAUAUUAGGCUCCCACAGUCCACUGCACCACUCCUCACUAAGCUCAGUUAUCCACAUAGCACAGCUGUGGUUUCACGGCAGGAUAUCCAGAGAAGAAUCCCAUCGCAUUAUCCACCAGCAAGGACAAGUAGAUGGGUUGUUUCUGCUGAGAGUCAGUCAGAGUAACCCCAAGGCGUUUGUGCUCACCUUGUGCCAUCACCAGAAAUUCAAACAUUUCCAGAUACUACCGUGUGAAGAGGACGGCCAGAGCUUCUUCAGCCUUGACGAUGGCGCCACCAAAUUCACCGACCUGAUUCAGCUGGUAGAGUUCUACCAGCUCAACAGAGGAGUGCUGCCUUGUAAACUCAAACACCCGUGCACCGUCGUGGCCUUAUGACAUCUUCAGAUCCUCUGACUCCGCCCCCAUCACUUGACCUGACUCUGCCUAGAACAAGCAAAGCAAAAGGAAUCGUGCUGUCGGGCGGUUCUUUUUUCUUUUUUUUUUAUCUUUAUAAGAAGCUGGUGAAUUGACUGAUGUUUCAUUGUCGUUGUUUUAUAUCGCCGUGAGUCCGCCAGAGACCGCUGACUCGUUGGAUUUCUUUUGAGUUUGCAUGGAUGUUUGAGGAGUCGGACGCGCAAACUCGCCCACUCUGUCCCUCCGCCGUGAAGAGAGGGCGUAGAGGGAAUGAACACUGCUAUUGGUGUCAGCGCUGUUUGCAAAAUCCACGGUCUCACUUUCCACAGUCGUCAAUAAGCUUGGACCCCAAAUCCUACCUGGUUGUUUUGAAGCGAAGUCCGUGUUUCCCUUCAACUGGACAAUCAGCAGGACAAGUCGAGCUUCGGUUAGGACCACUCUGCUCUCCUGAGAAUAAACACUUUCCUCACCGCAAACUUCUCAUCACACGUCCUCAAAGAAUGAACUGCAGAUGGAGAGGUGAUUGUUUUGCACGCACCGAACUGGGAGUGGCCUUUGACAGUGCAUGACCUUGACUUAACUGUGAGACAAUGCGGCUGCCCUCUAGUGUUGUAGGCAUGCAAGGUCCACAAUUAAACGUGGAUGAGUUUGUCAGGUCAAUGUACCUGGAGAAAAAAAUGGCUACGUAAAAAUCUGGAACUAUUAGAACAAAGUAUUUUUAUACUGGACAAGUCUGCAUUCAUCAUCCUCUCAGAAAUUAAUUUGCUCAUCUCUGAAAACACAGGGUUUCUUUUCUCGUUGAUACACGUAUGUCUUGUCAUCAAAUUCAUCUUUAUUCAUUGUUUCAUAUCAAAUUUUUUGCAGUCUGGAUAUUUGAAAACCCUCUUUUCUCUGUAUAAGCUACAAUGGGGUAAAUCUGCACUUGUUAUUCUACUGCACGCGUCUAUUGUCCCGGGCAACUCUCACAAAAAGAGCAUAAAUCGAACCAUGGUGUCAUUCAGGGUAAUAUUACGAGUAUUAAAACAACUGUAUCCAGGAUUUGUUUUUCAAAAGAAGCCAUAUGUGGUAGUUGUAUCCAUUGUCUCUCCCUACAGGCAAAAAACAGGCCUACAUAAAGCUACCUGUUGCAUCAGAUAAAGUGGGACAGCGGAGAAUGCCGUUUUUUCUAUCCACGCUGCAGCACAGGGAACAUGAUCACUGGCAUUUAACACGUAACAGUCAGCGAAUGAAAGGAAACCCAAUCUUCCGUUGUUCUUUGCCAAACUUAUCUACUACAUCCGGGAGAUAGAGAGAAGGUGUCCAUCAUGGUUUCGGUGGCUCUGACUCCACACUGACAGUUGACUCUGUGCAUUGCACGUCGCACGAUGCGGCCUUUACCUGCCUGUGAACAAACUGUAUCACACAAACACACACCCACUGCCUACUUCACACCACCUGUUUGAGUGAAACAGUCUGAAAAGAGAGCAGUUUGUCACAUAUCAGAAUUAUGAAAACAGAACGAUCGCUGCCUCUCAGGCUCCUCCACGUUUCCUCUCUGCCCGUUUCACCCAGUCUCAAUGCAUUAUGUCUUGUUUCUUUAUUCAGGUUGAGAGCAGGACUUGUUGAUUUCUCAUUCAGAUGUUGUUACGCUUGCACUCAAAGCCCAGCGCUUGCACUCCGAUUUCCUGCUGUCCAGCUUAAGCUCCUGUGCCGUUUCUGUGCGUACGUGAACAAUCUGCUCUCCGGUUUUUGGAGUUUUUUUGUCCAACAUGUCUGUCAAAAUUCCCAUACCAAUACAAUGUCAGGUGUAUUGCUCCUUGAUUUCCUGCUCUCAAGCUGAAAGACCACAGGAAAAAUAAAAAAUAAAGACAGGAAACCCACAUUUCUCUAGUGUAGAGCCGGAACAUUUAGGCUUAAGAGUGCAAAACUCUCACAGGACCUAUUAACCCAUGUCUCUACAUUUCAGUUUACUGACUCACAGUGCAUGCUGUGACGCUAAGACAGUAAAGAGAGCAUCAGACUGAGGGCAGAGGGUAGACAACUCUUAGUUAGUUUCAGAAUAUGAUUUCAGCAAAGAUCUCUGCCAUCUCAAAACUCGGGGAAGCUAUCUAAACUAAUCCUGGUCACUUGCGUCUCUCCUGGUGAAUUGGGUUUAGAAUCCCUCUUCCUAAAAUGUCUUAAGACAAACGGCAUUUUUAGUUUUUCCGUUUCUUCGCCUGAAAUUUCUCGUCACUCCUUUGAAAGCAGCCAUCUUUUAUUUACCUGCAGGUUUUUUUUCAGGUGACCGACCAUCUGAGAUGCAGAAUAGCCGCACUAUAUCGACACUUUGCGUGGUCACCAUCUAAGAUGCAAUGACUCAAUCAUUUUUAAAGUAUUGUUGCAGCAAAAUGUAUUUAUUUAUCUGGAUGUGAUUACUUGAAAAUUUUAGAUUUCUUUUUCUCAGCGCUGUUCUGUACUGUUUUCUUUUGUUACCAUGAAAUGAUUGACCCGUGUGAUUUAUUUUUAUUUUAUUAUUUGUAUUACUGUAAUGACCUAGCAACUAUGGACUAAUUUUUUUUUAAGUUAUGAUUAUUCAGAAUUAUUUUGUCAUCAACACUUGUUAUGAAGUGAUGUAUUUUUCAAAAGAACACUUGCAUCCAUAGUAUUAACAUUGUCAUUCCAAUAUAUGACAGCCCGAAUGUUGUGAAAUUGAUAACAAAAUUACUUGAGCUUCCCAAAGCAUUAAUAAUGACUAAGAUAUAUUUUCAUACCCUUUUAAUGUUUCUUUUUUUCACCCCAAUCUAUAAAAUACAUAAUAGUUAAUAUUAAAAAAAGGCCUCAUAUUUUCCUCCCAGAGCUGACUAGGUGACCAUAGAUAUUAAAGUAACAAAACAACACAUGUUUUGGGAAACUGGGUCAAGUAAACUUCAACAUGCUCAUAAUUCACUGUUGAAAUGCCUUUUACUGAGGAAAGAAUUGUAGAGAUUUAGAUGUAGUAAAAAAGUCCAUUAAAGUCAAGUUAAAUCAUCUUAAAAUACUAUGAGUUAUAAUUGAAAAAAUAGACAACAAAAUAUAUGUUAUAAGGCAUUGUCACAAUUUCCUCUGAGUUAAUUUAUACCCUUAUAACUGCAAUGAACAAGGAACUAACCAAACCACAUCAGAACAACAUGAUCAGCAGGGUCACAGCGUUGAUCUCAGAGUGAAGAAACUUAAAUUAGCAGGUAGUUGUGAUCUUUUGCAUGAAUGUGUAUAGUGUAGGGAUUCUUAAUCAUGUUUGAGAUGUUGAUGAUUCGUUGUGAUCUGGAUUGGAUUGCUGAAUAGGUUCUCACUGAAAUGUUGAUGUUAGUAUUAAUCUACAGUCCCCUCAGAUUCAGAUUCACUCACCCCACUUUGAUCUCCUUCUUAAAUUCCCAUUAUUUUCCCCGACUGAUGUGAAUGGUAGCUGAGGUUAAGGUGAGGGACGGGUCAGGUGUUGUACGGUGGAGUCAGUGUUUCACAAAGAAGAUAGUUGCUGGAUCUUAGUUGCUCUCAAUGCAAAAGGCAGAAAUUAAACUCAAAUAGUGGAUACAUGGACUAAUGAAUCAGGUGAAUUGGACUUCAACAUUUUUUACACUUAACAGAGAUGAAUGUAACUGGGUUGCUCAGGGUUGAUUAAGAGCAUGUUAAAAACUACUGGUCCAUCAGGUCUCGAGGACGUCUAUGUAGAGGAUGAUGAUGACUCGUGAAUAUUGUAGUUUCAUUGAGCUGCGAGUUGUUAACUUUUCUCCAUUAUGUGCACCACGCAUCUGCUAGUUGUGAUUACUUGAAAAUAUCUUCGGAGCAAAAUUGAGUAGAUCCCGUGCUUAAAAAAAGAGUACAUUUAGUUUAACAGUGUUUUUUGAAUAUUAUUGUUUAAACUGUUCAUUUAAGAAGAAGAAAAAAAGCCUAAACUACCUGCCUGACUACCUGAGCUGAUUUAGCUAUUAAGCCUCAGUUUUCAAUUUAAAAAACACAUGCUAAUUUUUCAUGCAUCGAUUCAGCCUAAUCUGGUCCAUUUACUCAUAUUAAGAUGUGUAUUAUGGAGAGGAUCAAGUGCACAUUUAGAUUGUGUAAAUAAAAGAACCAACAGUUUUGGUAGCCAGGUGACAUGUAACCACAGAUGGUGCCUCUGGUGACUUCUCUUUCUGUGCAUAAAGACAGAUAAAGCAAUGCUUCAGAUGGGACCAUUCACACUCAAAAACUCUGGCGCCAAAAGGUGCUUGAGAGUGGAUGCUCGUUGUUUUUUUUCUGCUGCACUUUCAGUUGAGUUUUAAAAGCGAAAGCAAACUGGCCCCGAUCCUGCAAAGUUGGAUUGAUGGAUUUUCAUCUUGGCUCUUUUGCAUUUUCAUAACAUUGUCACAAUGCAAGAUACCAUGGCUGUACAAAUGAGAAAAGUAAAUAUAUAUGUAUAUAUGUUUAUAUAUACAAUAUGUGUAUAUAUGUGUGCAUAUAUACACAUAUUUCUGUAUGUAUACAUAUUGAAAUAUAAACUGUUACGUAUUUCAGGGAAUGCAAAAGAAAACAGUAGCUUAUCUCUUUUUUGUAAGAGAGAGGUCCUGUAUUCAUAAUGUGCUUUGCUUCAAUCUGUAAAUAGUUGAAUGGCUUAUAAAUCAUAAUUGUAACCUUUUCAGGUAUUUUUGUACAAAUAAGGGACUGAUAUAUUCUGUUUAUUGUAAUUAGAAUAAAACAUUAAUACAUUGA